UUUCAAAUGACAAAAGUAUUUUAAAAAGUUCAACUGAAAUUUAUUUUUAAAAAAUUCCAAAUCCUAAGAAUGUUUUAGUCGAGAUUAGCAGCAGAAUCAAAGAUGCCCGAUGCCAAUACAAAAUGCUUUCAGAAGGUCACCCAUGUGAUCUUUGACAAUGAUGGAACGCUCAUGGAUUCUGAAAAAAAUCUAUGGCAAUGCGUUAAGGAAAGUAGUCGCUAAAUAUGGUCAUGACUUCAAUCAUGAUAUGCAGAUUAACUGCAUGGGCAGAAAAUCCAUUUCCAUUGCCGCUUUAUUGAUUAAUAUGUUCAAGCUGCCCCUAACUGAACUCGAGUUUGUGCAACAAUACGAAGAAGAGGCACUCAAAAUGCUGGCGAAUGUGCCUCUAAUGCCAGGAGUUGAUGAGCUGCUGCGCCAUCUCUACGAUCAGCAUAUUCCAAUGGCCAUAGCCACGUCGUCGUCCAGUGAAUCGUUGCGCAUUAAAUCGUAUCCGCAUCGCAAUCUCUUGACUGUCAUGCAUCACAUUGUCUGCGGCGAUGAUCCGCAACUGAAGCGCAGCAAACCGGCGCCAGAUAUUUUUCUGCUUGCCGCCUCGCGUUUUAAGCCGCAACCCAAGCCGGAGUGUUGUCUAGUCUUUGAGGAUUCGCCGGCGGGCAUGCGGGCAGGCUUGGCUGCUGGAAUGCAGGUUGUCAUGAUCCCAGAGCCUCAUGUGCCCAAAGAACUGAGGGAGGGGGCAACGCUUGUCUUGCCCUCGAUGGAAUGCUUUCAGCCAGAACUUUUUGGUCUGCCCUAUAUCGACUGCAGUCCUAAAUUCUCGUUUGGUUAAGUGACUCUACAUUUUUUUAAUAUUUGAUAAAAAUUUUGAAAAAUUUAUUAAGAUAAAUCGUGACAAAUAAAUACAAAUUUUGU